GGAAACCGGAAGCACGUGUGUGUGAUUUUUCUGUAAAGACAGCUUGACAUUAUUAACGUAAACAUUUAAUCCAAUAAUGAAAUUUUCCUACAAAUUUUCCAACCUUCUGGGGUCUGUGUAUCGAAAAGGAAAUGUCACUUUUACACCAGAUGGCAAUAGUGUCAUCAGUCCAGUUGGAAAUCGAGUCACAGUAUUUGAUCUCAAAAAUAACAAGUCAGAAACUCUCCCCGUUGAAAGCCGACUCAACAUCGCCUGCAUGGCACUUUCUCCCGAUGGCUACACCUUGAUUCUUGUUAAUGAAGAAGGAGAAGCGAUGCUGUGCAGUCUGAUUAGCAAGACCGUUAUUAGUUUAUAUCAUUUUCACAGACCAGUGCACACCAUCAAAUUCAGUCCUGAUGGAACAAAGUUUGCUGUGACUAAGGAGAACAAAGUAUUGGUGUUCCAUGCACCGGGCAAAACACGGGAGUUCAAUCCUUUUGUGUUGUACAAAACCUUCUUCGGAGCUCUUGAUGACACAGUGUGUAUAGACUGGACCUCGGACUCCAGAGCAUUCUGUGUUGGCUCCAAGGACAUGAACACGAGAGUGUAUGGUGCUCAGAGGUUUACCAAUCUGAUUGUGUAUUCAGUCGGGGGUCAGACUCACUGUGUAGUUGGCGCUUUCUUUGAGAAGGAUUCUCUAAAUAUGUAUUCGAUUGGCGAGAAUGGCCACGUGUCGGUAUGGGAGUGUGAUACGAGUCUUGAUGGUUUGAUACCACACAAGGAGAAAGUCCUUACAGAUCCUGAUGAAAUGGAGGAAUCGGGUGGAACAGAAGAGCCAUCUCAGAAGAAAAAGAAAACACACGAUGUGAAAGAGGAAAAGACCGAAAACAAAAUCCUUUACAACAGAAAAAUACUCAAUAAACAGUCAUUCCGCGGCGACAGUGGGACGCAUGCCCUGGUAUCAAGCACGGCCUACCAUAAGAACACACACAUACUUGUCACGGGCUUUGAAGACGGAGCUUUUUUUCUUCAUGAGAUGCCAGAAUUCAAUCUCAUUCAUUCCCUCAGUAUUUCCGACCAGUGUAUUGCGACAAUAGACAUCAAUGACACGGGAGACUGGAUAGCCCUGGCGUGUUCUGGCCUAGGUCAGCUGUUGGUGUGGGAGUGGCAGAGUGAGACGUACGUUCUAAAACAGCAGGGUCACUUCAACAACAUGUCCAGUCUCGCGUACUCACCGGACGGUCACAACAUUGCUACCGGAGGCGAUGAUGGCAAGGUUAAAGUAUGGAACAUGAGCAGUGGAUUCUGUUUUGUGACGUUUAAUGAACAUCAAGGGGGGAUAACUGGAGUUACCUUCAAUCAGAAUGGACAAGUUGUUCUGUCUUCUUCCCUAGAUGGCACUGUUCGAGCAUUUGACCUGAACAGGUAUCGUAACUUCCGUACUUUCACAUCUCCGAGACCAGCUCAGUUUUCGUGUCUAGCUAGUGACAACAGUGGAGAGAUAGUGUGUGCUGGGGGUCUGGAUACGUUUGAGAUAUUUGUGUGGUCAAUGAAGACCGGAAGACUCCUGGAGGUUUUAACUGGACACGAAGGACCAAUCAGUUCCCUCUGUUUCAGUCCAGUUUCAGCCAUUUUGGCCAGUGGUUCCUGGGAUAAAACUGUCAAAUUGUGGGAUGUGUUUGAAGCCAAAGGGGCGAAAGAAUCUCUGUCACUGAUUACUGAUGUUUUGGCUGUCACGUUCCGUCCCGAUGGACAAGAAUUAGCUGUGGCUACACUGGACUCGACAAUCAGUUUCUGGAACCCACACACGGCCGUACAGAUGGGUUCUGUCGAGGGUCGACACGAUCUCGGCUUGUCGAGGAAGGAAACGGAUAAAAUCACUGCUAAGAAGUCAUCAUUUGGGAAAGCAUUCAGCACCAUCUGUUACAGUGCAGAUGGCAAGUGUAUUCUGGCUGCCGGUCGGUCAAAGAAUGUUUGUAUAUACUCUGUGGCGGACCAAAUACUCAUGAAGAAGUUUGAGAUCUCCUGCAAUUUGUCUUUUGAUGGAAUGCUGGAGUUGUUAGACAAAAGGAAAAUGACGGAGUGGGGCAAUCUGUCUUUGGUUGACCAGGGAGAAGGGGAUGAUGGGAAGACGAUUAGUCUUCCGGGAGUAAGGAAAGGCGACAUGAGUUCUCGUCACUGGAAGCCAGAAGUCCGUAUCACGACAGUUCAGUUUUCUCCAACAGGAAGGUCUUGGGCUGCCACGACAACAGAAGGUUUGCUUAUUUACUCUCUGGAUCAGAGUCUCGUGUUUGACCCGUUUGAGCUGGACACUGAGAUUACUCCAGCCAGUGUGAGAAAGACGCUCAACAAGGGAGAAUACCCUAAAGCAUUGCUGAUGAGUUUCAGGCUGAAUGAGGAACAUGUUAUUCAGGAGAUUAUUGAAUCCAUCCCAGUCUCUGAUCUGGAUGUCAUCUGUCGGAAUCUGCCGGAGAAUUAUGUAGAUAAGCUGUUGAGUUUUGUAGCCAAUCAGAUUGAGUCAUCUGCCCACAUUGAGUUCUACCUCAUGUGGAUUAAGACUCUGUUGACAGCUCAUGGUCCAAAGUUGAAACAGAGAUCCCAGUUAGUCAUGGCGACUAUCCGAAACUUGCAGAAAAAUAUUACAAGAAAAUAUGAAGAUAUUGGAAAGCUCUGUGACCACAAUAAAUAUGCCAUGGAGUUCAUCAUGGCAUUAUCAACAUUGAAAAAGCAAAAAUCAGAAGGUCGUGAUGAAAAGAUGGACACAAACGAUGAACAGUUGAAAGAGGUUUACUCAGAUUCUGAUGAUGAAAGCAUCCAGAAGCUGUUGAGCAAUUUCUCUGAUUCAGACACAUGACAGAAUGAAAGAAGCUCAUGUUUUAUUGAUAAAGUGUUGUGCAGUUUACCCUGAGGUAGAACAUGGUCAACAUAUUGAAUCACACACAUGGUCUGUGGAUUCCAGGCUUCUAGUCGACCUCCAUUUCAGGAAGAAUGAAAUACAGUCGAACCUGUUCAAGCAGCCAUCUGUCUUCAGAGGCCAUCUUUCUAUUCUCCCAAAUCAGUCGGUACAGUACAAACUGACCUGUAUUAAGAGCCACCUGUAUUAAAAGGACACCAUUUGAUGAUUCCUUUUGGUGGCUGCUUAACCUAAUGUAAAUUGAACAUUUUGAAAUGUAGUCUUUAUGGUCCAAUAUAUUAACCAUUCAUUUGUCAUAUAACUAACAUGAAUCUACGAGUAUAAGACCGAAAAAUAUUCAUGUAUUUUUUACUGAUUCUUUAAGGCUGAACAGUAGUCGGAAAGACCAAUGAAUGGCAGCCAUCUUGUUUCUGUCAAAUAAUAAGCAGGGCCCAUAUUUUCAAAGCUAUCUUGGCACUACGAAAUUGUAAAACCACCGUAAGCUAUAAUAUCACUAUGGCAUAUGCUUUAGUGAUGUCAUGGCCUAUGAUGGUUUUACGAUUUCAUAGUGCCAAGAUAGCUUUGAAAAUUCCUAGCCUUGUUUUCAAAUAAGUUGUACUGUUUUCAGAAUAGGUGUAAACAUUAUACUGCACCACGGAUAGAUGUUAUCUUAUCUGUAUUCUCAUGUGGUUUGUAUUCCUUACUAUACAUGUAGUAUGCCACCCAUGUAAUAAAAUUAUUAUCAUUAUUAUUAUUAUUUUAAGGAGAGCCAGUGUCAUGUUUAACAAUAACAUGGGCUUUAGAAAGUUAAACCAUUUAUCAGUUGUUACUAAGUUUACAAGCUCUAACAGCUCACAAAUGAAAGGGAUGUAAUGAUUGUUUGUUUUGUAUAACGACACCACUAGAGCACAUUGAUUUAUUAAUCAUCGGCUAUUGAAUGUCAAACAUUUGGUAAUUUUGACAGGCAUAGAGGAAACCCACUACAUUUUUCCAUUAGUA